AUGUCGAUUAAACGGGCCCUCUCCAAGGCCAUUCGGGGUCAUGUCAAUGACGAUGACUCGUCGGGCUCCCACAUUCGCACUUCGCUCUCUCUCGGCCCUUCCAAACCACGCACCUCGACCUCGCACGAUUCGCAUGCUCACCAUUCCCCCACUGCAUCUCCUCGGCGCAGCAUUCUAGGCAACUUCUUCCGUGAGAAGGACUAUGUCUCCUCCUCCGAGGACUUCUCCGAUGAUUCGUCGACGGGCAACCUGAGUAAGAACCAGCAGAAACGACUCGUGCGCCAGCAGCGUCGCAAUGAGCGAUCUCGCCUCAGCGAAGAGCAAUUCUCCGAGUCGGAUCAUCGCCGGAAGGAGGAGGAGCUCGCAAAGGCCGCUGCGGAGGAGACGCCGGAAAUGAAGGCCCGCUACGGCGAACUCCCUCUGAUGCAGUCGCAGAGCCGCCCUCGUGAAGACCGUAUCGCGCUGGAUGAUAUCACCCCAGAUAUGGCGGGGCAGGAGGUGUACUUCACGGCACGCCUGCAUGUUGUGCGUCGCAUGAGUGCGAAGCUGGUCUUCCUCGUGUUCCGCCAGCAGCUAACCACCUUCCAAGGUGUGCUGCAUGAGCUCCCAGGCGUUUCCUCCCUUGCCAUGAUCUCGUGGGCCGAACAUCUCCGUGUGGGCUCCUUCCUGCGUGUCCGUGGCAAGAUCCAGAAGCCCGAUGUGCCUGUUCUCGGCUGCAGCAUUCACGAUGUCGAGCUGUCUAUCGAUUCUCUGCAUCUGCUCGUCAAGCGCGAGGAGCCUGUCCCGUUCAGUGUCUACGAGGCUGAGAUUCGCACCAACGAGGAGGACAAGGCUGAAGGACGCCGCAGCCAUAUCCCUGACCGUACCCGCCUCAGCAAUCGCUUGCUGGACCUUCGGACAGCCACUUCUCAAUCCAUCUUCCGCUUGCAAUCCGCCACUUGCAACCUCUUCCGUGGCGCCCUCGAUGAACAAGGGUUCAUUGAGAUCCAUACUCCCAAGCUGCAGGGUGCUGCCACCGAGUCCGGUGCCAGUGUCUUCAAAGUCGAUUACUUUGGCCGCCCUGCCUUCCUGGCCCAGUCCCCCCAGCUGGCCAAGCAGAUGGCCAUUGCUGCCGACUUUGGUCGUGUGUAUGAAAUUGGUGCCGUCUUCCGUGCCGAGAACUCCAAUACCCAUCGUCAUUUGACAGAGUAUACCGGCCUGGAUAUCGAAAUGGCUAUCGAGGAGCACUACCAUGAGAUGCUCGAGACUCUGGAUGCUACCAUCAAGAACAUCCUGAGCGGUGUUUAUACCAAGUAUCGCCGAGAGAUUGACAUGGUUAAGCACCAGUUCCCAUCCGAGGAUGUCGUGUGGUUGGAGAAGACACCUAUCAUCCGCUUCACUGAUGGAAUCCAAAUGCUGAACGACUCGGGUUGGCGUGACGAGGAGGGCAAGCUUCUUCCCACGGAUGAAGAUUUGGCCACUCGUGACGAGAUCCGCCUGGGCCAACUGGUCAAGGAGAAGUAUGGCACCGACUACUACGUCCUUGACAAGUUCCCUCGCGGUGCCCGUCCCUUCUACACCAUGCCGGAUCCCGAGGAUGACAAGUUCACCAACUCGUUCGACAUGUUCAUCCGCGGUCAGGAAAUUGUGUCUGGUGGCCAGCGUAUCCACGAGCCGCACAUGCUCGAGGAGAACAUGCGCAAGUGGGGCAUCAACCCCGAGGAUAUGGAGGAGUAUCUCGAGGCUUUCCGCUGGGGUGCGCCACCUCAUGCCGGUGCCGGUGUUGGCCUCGAACGUUUGCUGAUGCUCCUGCUUCAGGUGGGCAACAUUCGUCUCACUUCACUCUUCCACCGUGACCCCAAGAGUCUGCCUGCCAAGCCCCCCGUUCACCAGCUUCGUCACCCCGAAGCCUCCACCAUCGAGCCACCUUGGCAAGAGCGUUCCCGCGUGGCUACUGAUGUCAGCGAGCUACAGCCGCUGGAGAAGCUGGUUGCCAACUACGGAGACGCCACCUCCACUUCCUGGUUCGAUGAACGAUUCAAGAUCUGGCGCGAUAUGGCUACUGGUGCUGCCGUGGCUUACGUGCCCAGCAGCAGCAACUACGUCAUCAUUCCCGGUAACCCUGCGUGCGAUCCUUCUCAGUACUCUCGCACCAUUACACAGUUCCUCCAGUGGCUCCGCCGGGAAACCAAGUACAAGCCCGUCUGGAUUCUCUGCUCUCCCGAGGUCGAGACUAUUCUCGGCGAGCGUCUCGGUUGGCGCAGCUUGUCCUGCAUUGCCGAAGAGCGUGUUGAACCCUCCCGCAACCAAGCCGCCUCCGACGGCGAGAUUGCCCGCAAACUGCGCCGUGCCGAGAAUGAAGGCAUCAAGGUUGUCUCGUUCAGCCAGGGCGAGCUGCCCUCCGAAGAAAUCCGCGGAAAGAUCGAUGAACGCAUUGCCGAGUGGCUCGCCGGCCGUAAGGGCACUCAGGUGCAUCUGUCCGAGAUCCGCCCGUGGAUCGACUCGGAGCACCGCUGGUACUUCUACGCCCUUGACAAGGAAGGCGUCAUCUGUGCCUUUGUCGCGCUGGCCAUGCUCUCCCCCGCCCACGGCAUGCAGGUCAAGUACAGCUUGGACUUCCCCAACUCGCCAAGCGGUGUCAUCGAGUACAUUGUUACCCAGGCCAUCCAGACCGCUUCCAAGGGUGGUGUCAGUGGUCUGACCUUCGGUGCCGGUGCUACCUCCAGACUCAUUCCCGGCCACAACCUGCACGGCGCCAAGAUCAAGAUGCUGGAGCGCACCUACGAGACUCUGGCCAAGCAAUUCCACCUUGUGCGGAAGAGCGAGUUCCGUGCCAAGCUGGGUGCUACCGAGGAGCCGCUUUAUAUCUCCUACCCUGCUCACGGCCUUGGCUCCAAGGGUAUCCGUGCUGUGCUGAAUUUCUUCGAGGAUUAG